AUGAGUGAUCAAGAAAAACAAGUUUGUGAAUGGGUAGGCCAAAUCACUCAAAACAAUGUAUUAUUUGUUGUUGGGGGAGGUCCAUUCUGUGAACAAUUGAAAUCUGGUGUUGCCUUGUGCAAACUUGUAAAUUAUAUCAAAGCAAAUAGUGUAAAAAAGAUAAAUACUACAAAUUCUUUAUUUGCACAAAGAGAAAAUUUAAUUGCAUUUGGAAAAGCAUGUGAAUCGAUGGGAUUAAUUGAAGGAUCAUCCAAGAUACAUGAAUUCAUAUUGGAGGAUAAAGAUCAUUUGGUCGUUAAAUACUUGCAUACCCUAAUGAAACAUCAAUCAUCGUCAUUGACUGCAUCUUCGUCAUCAACAGCUGCUUCUGCACUGACAUCUACUACCAGUGUUCCUCCUCCUCUUCCUCCUAGCAGCACGAUAAAGAAAGAACCUCAUCAACCAAGUACCUCACCUUCUAAAUCACCUGCUAUCGUAAAACGUGCACCUCUACCAACACCAACAACACCACCCUUUACAACAUCUUCAUCAUCUUUGAAUGUAUCAUACAAGGCAUCCAAUUCCAAUAAUAAUAAUACCACUACCACUACCACUACUGCAUCAUCCCCUCCUCAACAUCCACCUCCAAUGCCUGUUUUAAAGCCAUCAACAGCUACUGCAUUUGGUGUUCCUCCUCUUCCAGCAAGAAAGAUGAUCAAACAAGAAUCUUAUGAUUCUUUAGAGCCACACAUUAAUCGUAUCAACAACAACAAUAAUAAUAAUAAUAAUAAUAAUAAUAAUAAUAAUAAUAAUAAUAAUAAUAAUAACUUAUCACCAACAACAACAACGAUUAAUAAUAACAACAACGAUGUUGUUGAACAACAACAAGUUAAAUCAACUACACCGGAACCAUCACCAUUAAAUUCCAGUACUGGAUACCCCAAACCUCAGCCACCGGCUCCACCCCCAAGAGUAAAGGGUAUGACUCUUUCACAUCCAAUUGAUUUUGAAAAUGAUCCAAGUAUCUGUGGUGACUAUGAAGAGUUGCCUACGUCUACAUCUUCACAAACUCUACAACAAGAACAAGAAAACCAUCCAUCACCUAGACAACAAUUGUUGCAUACAUCAUUAUCUGCACCUUCACUUAUAAAUGAAAAUAAUUUAACAACAACAACACCGUCACCACCAACACAAGUCGAAAACAACAAUUGUAUUAAUAGUCAUUCUCCAACAAAUCAAAAUAAUAUGACAACAUCUCAAACUAAUAAUAAUAAUAAUCAGAAUAAUGUAUCACAAUCAACAGUCUCUAAUGCGACCCCAACAACAACAAAAGUUAAUAACAGAUACUCAACAUCGUAUACUAUCCCAAUUGCACCAAUAGUUAAUAGAGAUAGGGAUCAUUAUGGCACAAUGAUAGCAGGAUCACCUCCAAUGUAUAUUGACGCCUAUGGUAAUUCAAAUACUGCACCAGUUGUCAAGAAGCCUAGAUCGAGCACCAAGCAUAGUUUGGCCAAGUUCUUUAGCAAGACCUCUUUAACCUCAAAAUCCACCAAACAUAUGACUUCAAGUACUCCAUCGUCACCAACAUCAUCGCCAUCAAUGAAUAGCAUCAACAAUAGUGGCAGUAUAAGCAGUGGAAAACUCAAAGGUUCGACCAGUAUCAAGUAUAUUUCCAAGCCAACAAAUUCCUCACCAGAUCUCUUGUCCAAUGAGGAUUAUGAAGGUCAAAACGGUGAACUGACAAGCAGCGGAGAUAGGGGUGCAGAGGGAUCUGCACUUUCUGCCAGUGGAGGAUACGGCGACGAAGUUGAAUACCAAGGAGGAGGAGGAGACGACGAGCUUACAAACGAAGAAUUGAUGAAUGUCAUCAAACAAGUAGAAUUCUUGUACAAGGACAGAAAGAUUAUCAAGGAACGUAUUAAUUUUACGUAUCCCGAGAAAUACAAAUCAUUCAUGUUGUAUGACGAGCUACUAGAGCUUGACAAGUCACCAACCUUUGUAAACAGCUCGUUUAUGGCACUCACUCCCAGACACCAAUAUGAAGUAUGCAAACGAGAGGAAAGAAGAAUGUUGUCUGAAAUCUUUACACUCAACAAUGUGUUGAAUAUUGUCGAGGAGAACAAGGCUUUGGCAAUUCGCGUAGAAGAGUACCAAAAAAUGGUAGAUUCUCUCAUGGUCGAUAAAAAGUCAUUGACAGCCAGAUUCGAUGAGAUGUUGGCAGCCAAAGCUAAAAGUGAAAAGCAUCAAAUCGAAGAAGAAGGUAUCAUAUUCAGUGAACUUAAUGGAAAGAUGGAAAUUAUCAAGGGUGGAACCACAGAGAAGCUCAUCGAACGUCUCUACAACAAGAAUAUUAUUGGAUCUGUAUCCGACUAUGUCGAUACAUUCCUUUUAACCUAUAGAUCUUUUACAACUUCCAAGUAUGUCUUGGAACGUCUGACAAAGACCUAUAAUGACAAUACUGCUACUUCAGAAGAGGGAGCAGACUCGGAGAAGCAAUUCCAAGUAGAACAAGAAAACCUUGGAAAGAAGAAAAUAAGAUUAAGAAUUUGCAACUUUUUAAAGAGAUGGGUCGAUUUCUUUUUCCACGAUUUCGAUACUGAACUCUUACAAGAAUAUGAUACCUUUAUUUCAAAUUGUAAAGAUGAAAAGUUAAAUAAUUUAUUAAGAAGAGCUUUAGAUAAAAAGGUUACUGGAGUAAAUAUUACCAAAUUAACAACAUUUGGUACAAAACCACCACCAUUGAUCAUACCAAAAGUACCAAUUGUCACGUUUGACGAUGUAGAUCCAACUGAAUUGGCAAGACAAUUGACGAUUAUUGAAUUUGAUUUGUUCCGAUCGAUUGCAUCCAAAGAAUUACUUUCACUAUCGUGGCAAAAGAGUGACAAGGAAAAGAGAUCACCAAAUCUUUUAAAGAUGAUUUAUCGAUUCAACGAAGUCAGUAAUUGGGUGGUUGUGACAUUGGUCAGAGAAAACAAUGUUAAGAAACGUGGUCAACAUCUCAAACGUUUUAUUAAGCUUUGUGAAGAACUUCGUAAACUCAACAACUUUAAUUGUUGUUUUGUUGUCGUAUCUGCCUUGUUAUCGGCCUCUGUCAAUAGACUCCAAAAGACAUGGAGUGAACUCUCAAAGCAACAACAAAAGCAAUUUGACGAGUUUGUUGCCUUGACAUCACCCAAUCUCUCAUUCUCGGCCUAUCGUGAAGAGAUUCACAAUGCAAAUCCACCAUGCAUCCCCUACCUCGGUGUUCAUCUCAGUGAUUUGACAUUCAUCGAAGAAGGCAAUCCAGACAAAUUGGAAAAUGGUUUUACAAACUUUUUCAAGUGCAGAAUGGUCGCAGAGGUAAUCAAAGAAAUUCAACGCUACCAACAACAACCAUACAAUUUACAAUCAGCACCAGAGGUAACAGCACCUUUGUUAAAUAAUCACAAGAUUAUAACCGAAUCUGAUUGUUUCAAAUUGUCUUUGGUGGCUGAACCAAGAGAAUCUUCAAUUGCUAGCUAA